AUGUGGUCAUCCUCAGGAGCCCCAAAUGAGAUGUUGGGAACCUGCAUAAGUGACAACCAAGCCCCAAGCACAUAUUAUCUUUAUCUUUACAACAACGGCAAAGCAGAAGAUCGGCUGCCAAUCCACGUGAUCAGCUCCUGCAACCUAGACAUCUACACCUUUCCAUUUGACAUUCAAAACUGCACGUACACAUUUGGCUCUUACAAGCAUACAAUUCGAGAUGUUCACAUAUUAUUCUCAGAGCCAGGAGAGGCCACACUCAAAAAAUCUCUACAGUACAUGGAGACAAAAGGAGAGUGGCAACUGACUGACGUGAUCGCCAGAAAAUCUGCCAACUCAUCAUACUUUAACAUGGACGGAUUGGACAAAUGGGAUGAAAUAAUUUACCAUAUCGUCCUGAAGCGCAGACCAACUCUGUAUGUGGUGAACCUGCUGAUCCCCAGCUACUGCCUGAUUACCGUAGAUCUGUUCAGCUUCCUCCUGCCUCCUCAGAACACGGAUCGCUCUGCCUUUAAAAUGACCUUGAUCUUAGGCUACACCGUCUUCCUCCUCCUCAUGAACGAUCUGCUUCCUGUUACAGGAGACACCAUCCCGCUUAUAAAUGUGUUUUUCUCUCUGUGUUUAGCGCUGAUGGUGGCCAGUCUAUUGGAGACAAUUGUCAUUACUAAUAUUCUUUGUGGCUCGAGUGAUUAUCCCCCUCUACCAAACUGGGUUAAAGUGUUGUUCCUGCAUUACCUGGCUCGACUGGUUUGCUUGCGCAAGAAAGUCUCUGACCAGAAUUCUGACCCUCAAAAAAACACCAAAGGCACAAUUUCCUGUUCACUUGAGAAAGAAAUUAGCCAAAUUAGAUACCCAGAAAAAGGCAUUAAAUCCCCAUUAAAUCAUGAGCAAGAGCUGAAAGAACUGAGGAAUAUACACAAAGACGUACUCACCAUUCGCCAACAAGUGGACAAGCAUUUCUCCACUGAUCAGAACUCAGAGGAGUGGAUACACUUGGGGGAGGUCAUUGAUCGAUUUCUGUUCGCUUUGUAUGUUAUUUUCCUCACCGUCAGCUUCUUCACCAUAUUAAUAUUCUGGAUGUACUGGUACAGUUUUGACAAAAAAUCAUAA